AUGUUCUUCGCUAGGCGAUCGGUGGCUUCGGCGCGGCUCCUUCUGCGGAACCAGCAGCCCCGGCGAUUCGACUCGCACGCAGCUCACCAUGCCGAGCCUGUGAACGAGAGCUUCGGCCGCAGUUUCUACGUCACCUUCGGCACCUUCGCGUCCGCCUUCGUUCUGUACCAGGUGUCCAAGUCGAACGAUAACUCCGGCUCCCCGUCAUGGAUCACCAACCUCAUCCACAAGUGGACUCCGGACGAGAAGAUCUUUGAGCAGAGAAAUGCCAUCCACACGGCCGCCAUGGAGAAGGUCGCUCAUGACCGUCACUUGUUCGCGAGUCAGGGUCCUCGCGAAUUCAUUGAAUUGAAGCAGCCUGAGGUCAGCUUCAGCGCCGUCGCUCCUUACAAUGUCGCCCCCGGCCAGAGCGCCGAUCUGAGCCAUGUUGUCGCUCACUAUCAGCGCCAGAAUCAGGAGAUGGAGGCCUCCCGUGUGGCCCGGAUGCAGGACGGCAAGGUCGUGUCUCUUUAUGAGUAG